GAGAGAGAGAGAGGAAAAGAGAUGAUAAAAGUGUGGCUUUUUGCGUGACUCAUAAGAGCCAGCAGUUAAAACUGGUCAAAUCCAUUUUUAGUCCCUAAGAUGUGCUGAUGGGUGAGAUCCAAACUGCUUGGAGGGUUUAUUAAGUGGGCCAGUUGCCAUAGCGACGCUUUGGCAGGAUAUUGCCAGGAUAAGCCGUAAUGGGUCUCCUGACACAGUUCACUCUGCUCCUGUGGAAGAACUUCACUCUCCGGAAGAGACAAAAGGUGCGGCUGGUCGUUGAAGUGAUAUGGCCUCUGUUUCUCUUCUUCAUACUGGUGUGGGUGCGGUCCACCACUCAGCCACUUUAUAAAGGAGAAUGCCACUACCCAAACAAAGCCAUGCCAUCGGCUGGCGUGCUGCCCUGGCUUCAAGGUAUGAUCUGUAACGUCAACAAUCCCUGUUUAAACUAUUCAACACCGGGGGAGACACCAGGCCAAGUCAACAACUUCAACAACUCCAUAAUUGCUGGGAUGUUGAUAGAGCUGCAAACCCUCCUGGUCAACAGAUCUAUUCUCAGCAAGGCACAGUUGCUGGCAGAUGACCUCGAACAGUGGGAUUCAGUCCUCUCACAGUCUAACCUUGGUAAUGCUCAACCAGUGAUCCUAAGGAGUAUUCUCAGAGACAAUGAAACUUUCUCCACUUACCUGAAAGGGAAUUUGUCGGUUCCACCAUCGGUGGUCCAAAGUCUCAUGAAUGCUGGGAUUAAACUCAAUCCAAUGAUGGGCAUCUCGAGUCCGGACAACCUGAAGAGCAUCUUGUGUGAGGGGACAAAUCUGGAUGAAUAUAUCCAAUUUAACAGCAGAGCUGAAAAGGUGGCUUUUCAAAAUGUCAGCUGCUCCCGCACUCCACAGCAGCUGAUUAACGGCCAACAAGUACUUCUGCAAAACCUGGAUGCGAGUAAAGUGCUUUCUAAGGUACCUUCAGCUUUGAAUCUAAAUGCAGCAGACACAGUGACACUGAUGGGGAAAACCACUCAAGAUGCGUUACCAGUGAUUGAGGAGAUGACCAGGUUGCAGAACUCCAUGAUCCUUAAAGCUGCUAGUUCAUUGGAUUUCCAAAAGAACAUGAUUGGCAGUAUCAAUAUGCUACUGUGUGAAAAGCAGCCCAACAUCAAUUUAAGCUUACAAGGACAGAUGGGUAACAACACGUCAGUCUUCAUUACGGGCAACAGUUCCGAUGGUUUUUGUCAGACUCUUGUCGACACCCUGGAGGGCACACCUGGUCUGAGCCUUAUUUGGAGCACCUUGAAGCCGUUAUUGCGAGGCAAAGUCCUCUACACACCUGAUACACCCGCUGUUCGCCUCAUUGUGAAAGAGGCAAAUAGCACAUUCAAUGCCUUGGCUAUGCUUAAAGAGCUCGCUGAUUCGUGGGAUGAACUCGGGCCACGUGUCUGGAAUUUCCUUCAAAAUAGCCGUCAAGUCAAUUCAUUACGGGCUUUGCUGGCGAAUCCAGUGUUUGCUGCUCUCCUCAACCAGCGUCUCAACGGCACACAAUGGACAGCCGACCUGCUGGCCAACUUCCUGUACAACGGGCCGCCAGAGUAUCGUCCACCAGGCAUGCCACCCUAUGACUGGCGAGGUGCUUACAACUCCACUACAGGGAUCCUGAAGCUUCUCUCCAACUUUCUCGGUUGUUUAGACCUGAAUAAGUUUGAGGCAGCCCCCACUGAAAGCCAUCUGGUGGACCGAGCACUGGAGCUUCUGAACAAUGGUACAUACUGGGCUGGUGUUGUCUUUCUAAACCUCCAGCCAAACUCCAGCCAACCCCCUCCUUAUGUCAAAUACAAAAUACGCAUGGCGAUUGAUGAUGUUGAGGUUACCAACAAAGUGAAAAGCAGGUUAUGGUCUCCCGGAGCUCGAGACAACUCCUUUAACAACCUGCGCUAUAUAUGGGGAGGCUUCGCCUACCUGCAGGAUAUGAUGGACCAUGGCAUUAUACAAGCGCAAACGUCAAAGACACAACCCCUGGGUGUUUUUGUCCAGCAAAUGCCAUACCCUUGCUACGUGAAUGACUCGUUCCUCCAGUCUCUGGCCAGCUCCCUCCCCUUAUUCAUGACUUUAGCCUGGAUCUACUCAGUGGCCAUGAUCGUUAAGGGCAUCGUCGCAGAGAAAGAGGCGAGGCUUAAGGAGACAGUGAGGAUUAUGGGCCUGAGAAGUUCCAUCUAUUGGCUGAGCUGGGCAGUAUCAAGUGUGCUGCCGCUGGCCAUCAGCGCCCUCCUCCUUGCCCUUUUACUGAAGUAUGGCAAGGUGCUACAAUACAGCGACCCAUCAGUAAUCUUUGUCUUCCUGCUGGUGUUCUGCCUGGCCACCAUCAGCCAGUGCUUCCUCAUUAGCGUCUUCUUCUCUAAGGCCAAUUUAGCAGCGGCGUGCGGCGGCCUCCUCUACUUUGUCCUCUACCUGCCGUACAUCCUCUGCAACGCCUGGAGCGACGUCAUAGGUUUUCAGGCCAAGGUUGUCGUGAGUUUGUUGUCAUGUGUGGCCUUUGGCUAUGGCUGUGACAACUUUGCCAAGUAUGAGCAGCAAGGGAUCGGUAUUCAGUGGUACAACAUCAGAAAGAGUCCAGAGGAUGGAGAACGCUACAGCUUCAUCGUGUCCAUCAUCAUCAUGCUCUUUGAUGCUGCUUUUUACUGGGUGCUCACCUGGUACAUUGAAAAUGUCUUUCCAGGACAAUAUGGAAUCCCGAAGCCAUGGUACUUCCCUUUUACUGCAUCUUACUGGUGUGGGACAGCCUCGGUGACUGGCGUUGACCACAGCUUGCUGAAGGACUCCCCUGUACAUAACGAGUAUCUGGAGAAACCACCACCUGGUAUAAAAGCAGGGGUCUCAAUCCGCAAUCUUGUUAAAAUCUACAAGACUGGAAAGAAGCUCGCUGUGGAUGGACUGAGUAUGGACUUCUUCGAGAAUCAGAUCACAUCUUUUCUUGGCCACAAUGGAGCCGGAAAAACAACCACAAUGUCAAUUCUGACAGGACUGUUCCCACCGACAUCAGGAACAGCGCUCAUCAACGGAUAUGACAUCCACACGGACAUGGACAGCAUCCGAAAGUACUUGGGAAUGUGCCCACAGCACAAUGUCUUAUUCAAUGAGUUGACAGUGGAGGAGCAUAUCUACUUCUACGCCAGGCUGAAAGGAUGCAGCCACGAUGAGGUGAAACAUGAGAUGGACCAGAUGAUAGAGGACGUCGGUUUACCACAUAAGCGGAAGGAUCUUGCUAAGAACUUGUCAGGUGGGAUGCAGAGGAAGCUGUCUGUGGCUAUAGCAUUUGUCGGCGGCUCAAAAAUCGUCAUCUUAGAUGAACCUACAGCGGGAGUGGACCCCUAUGCACGCAGGGGUAUCUGGGAACUGCUGUUAAAAUACAAACAAGGUCGCACCAUCAUUUUGUCUACACACCACAUGGAUGAGGCAGACAUCUUAGGUGAUCGCAUUGCUAUCAUCUCCCACGGCAAGAUGCGUUGCUGUGGCUCCUCACUCUUUCUAAAGAAAUAUUUUGGCAGCGGCUACUACCUCACUCUGGUCCGAGACGAGGCUGAAAAGAUGACGGUUCAGCGUAAUGGUAUCAAACACAGUCAGGACAAAGAGGACAAAGAGUGUCCUUCCAGGGACAGCAGCCCGGAUGAUGGCAUCGGCAGCCAAAGCUGGGGCAACUCUGAUCUUUCAGAAUUGACAGCUGUGGGUCAAAUUGUGCAGCGCCACGUCCCUGAGGCAGUCUUCUUGGAGAGCAUUGGUCAAGAGAUCACUUACAUACUGCCUUAUGGUGGAGCCAGAGAUGGGACCUUUGCACUGCUGUUCCAAGAGCUUGACCUAGCCAUGGCUGACCUUGGUCUGACUAGCUACGGCAUCUCUGACACCACGCUGGAGGAGAUAUUUCUUAAAGUGGCAGAAGAUACCGGAGUGGAUGCAGAAAUACCAACAACAAAGGAGGUGUUGGUGAGAGACUGCAAAAGAGGCUCCCGCACAUCCAAGCGGAACAGCAUUGCCAGCGUCCACUUGAAAACAGAGCAAGUCUCUGGAAUGAGAGAAUUGAAGGAAAAGUUCAAAAGUAAAGUGGAAGACUCAAAGAUGAUUGCUAGUGUCAGUGGGAAGGGAUCCACGGUCAUCACUGGAUGGGAGCUGAUCAGGAGGCAGUUCCUUGCGCUUUUCAUCAAGCGCUUCCACCACGCCCGAAGGAGCCGCAAGGGACUCAUUGCCCAGGUGGUCUUGCCUGCUGCGUUUGUGUGCCUGUCUCUGAUCUUCUCCCUCAUCGUUCCACCAUUCACUGAAUAUCCGAGUCUGGAGCUGCAUCCCUGGAUGUAUGGUCUGCCUCAAUACACCUUUUACAGCAAAGAUGUGCCUGACAAUGUGGAGGUGUCUAACGUGGUGGAAACCUUGGUAAACAAUCCUGGCUUUGGAACUCGCUGCAUGAAUGGAAACCCAAUACCGAAGUUACCAUGUUCAGCUAGUGGCUCUGAAUGGUUCACUCCAUCUGUGGAUCAGUCCGUCACUGACAUCUUCCUCAACGGUAAUUGGAACAUGUCCAACCCUUCCCCCUCCUGUCAGUGCAGCACGCCUAAACGGACGAUCAUGUUACCUGACUGUCCACCUGGUGCAGGAGGGGGGGGGGGGGGCCCCCCGGGGUUUAGGAUCCAGAACACAACAGACACCUUGUUGGAUUUAACUGGACGUAACAUGACAGACUUUUUGAUCAAGACUUUUGGAAGCUCGGGUAAAACAAGGUACGGGGGCAUCUCUGUCGGAGCGGUCAACUCUCAAGUCCUUCUGACUGAGGCAGCAAUCGAAGCUUCAUUCAUGGAUCUAAAAAACCUAUUCAGUUCAUUUCAGGAUAAUUUGACUGAUCAGAUCUUCCAGAACGCUGAGACGCUACUAAAGAAGCUGGGAACCAGGGACAACGUAAAGGUGUGGUUCUACAACCAGGCAUGGCACGGCAUGGUGUCCUUCCUUAGUGUGGCCAACAACGCCAUCCUGAGGGGAAAUCUGCCGGCAGGACAGGAUCCCCGGCAGUAUGGCAUCUCUGUGUCCAAUCACCCCCUCAACCUCACCAAGGAGCAGCUCACCUCUAUAGCCAUGGCCACAACCUCCACCGACUUGGUGGUGUCCAUCUGCGUUAUCUUUGCCAUGUCCUUCAUCCCUGCCAGUUUUGUCCUCUUCCUCAUCCAAGAGAGGGUAAACAAAGCCAAGCAUCUACAAUUUGUCAGUGGAGUUAACCCAACGGUCUACUGGUUGGCCAAUUUUGCCUGGGACAUGUGUAACUACAUCAUCCCAUGCUUGAUUGUGAUUGUGAUCUUCCUCUGCUUCCAACAAAAAGCUUAUGUUUCACCUCCUAACCUGCCUGCUUUGAUUCUGCUGCUUAUUUUGUAUGGGUGGUCCAUCACCCCCAUGAUGUACCCCGCCUCCUUUAUCUUCAGCGUGCCCAGCACAGCCUACGUAGUGCUGACCUGCAUCAACCUCUUCAUUGGUAUUAACGGCAGCAUAGCCACCUUUGUUAUGGAGCUCAUUAAUGAUGAUAAUAUCACCCACAUCAACAACAUAGUGAAGCAGGUGCUGCUGAUAUUCCCACAUUUCUGUCUCGGCAGAGGGCUAAUUGACAUGGCCAAGAACCAGGCAACAGCCACCCUGUACAGCAGUUUUGGGCAAGACCGUUUCAUAGACCCACUCAGCUGGGACAUGGUGGGAAAGAACCUCUGUGCCAUGUCCAUCCAGGGAGCUGUCAUGUUUGCCAUCACAAUCCUCAUCCAGUAUAAAUUUUUCUGCAAGCCAAGGCUUAUUUCAGGGAAGCCAUUAUCUGCAGAGGAAGAGGAUGUCGAUGUUGCUCGGGAACGUGAACGGAUUUAUGAAGGCAAGGCCCAGAACGACCUUCUGAGGAUCUAUGAUCUCACUAAGGUCUACUCUCGGAAGAGCACCCCUGCCGUGGACAGGCUAUGUGUGGGAGUACCUGCUGCAGAGUGUUUCGGCUUGCUUGGAAUCAACGGGGCUGGGAAAACCACCACGUUCAAGAUGCUGACAGGAGACAUCCCAGUCUCCGGUGGAGAGGCCUUCCUAAAUGGAUACAGCAUAAGAACAGAAAUGAGGGACGUGCACCAGAACCUGGGCUAUUGUCCCCAGUUUGAUGCUAUUAAUGAGCUGCUGACUGGUCGAGAGCAUCUGGAGUUUUACGCCAGGUUACGAGGGGUACCAGAAAAAGAGAUCACCAUGGUGGCCGAGUGGGGGAUCCAAAAAUUGGGCCUGGUCAAAUAUUCCAACAAGUCAGCAGGAACCUACAGCGGUGGGAACAAACGCAAACUUUCUACAGCGAUGGCCCUGAUCGGUUGUCCUCCAGUGAUUUUCCUGGAUGAGCCAACCACUGGGAUGGACCCCAAAGCCCGGCGCUUCCUGUGGGACUGCAUCCUGAGUGUCAUCAAAGAGGGACGCUCAGUCAUCCUCACAUCACACAGUAUGGAGGAGUGUGAAGCACUGUGCACGCGCAUGGCCAUCAUGGUCAACGGUCGCUUCAAGUGCCUCGGGAGCAUUCAGCAUCUGAAGAGCCGAUUUGGAGAUGGCUACACAGUAAUUGUGAGGGUUGGUGGCUCUCCUCCUGCAUUGAAGCCAGUUGAGGACUUCGUCCAGCAGUCCUUCCCAGGCAGUAUCCUGAAGGAGAAGCAUCACAACACACUGCAGUAUCAGCUCCCGUACAUACAGGGAGCUUUGGCCAACAUAUUCAGCCAGUUCACCAGCCAUCAGCAGAGACUGGGUGUGGAAGACUAUGCUGUGUCCCAGACCACCCUGGAUCAGGUCUUUGUGAACUUUGCGAGACACCAGCAUGGAGAGGAGGACUCUAAGGCCUAUUACAACGCAGUGGACACUUCAGAUGAGCUGCCACUGCAGUCUCUGAAGACCUCCCAAGAAGCAGAGAAGGUGUAACGCCCAUAAGACACGAUGCACUUACAGUGGGCCAGCACUAUAUCUUAAACAACUUUGAAUGGGUGUUUUUUGCUCAGCCUUAUUCAGUCUCCAAGCCCAGCAAUGCCUGGUAUUGGUCAACAAUGGCAUGCAAUUGUUUGUGUUGUCUUUUUCUAUAAUCAUUUAUACCUAAGCUUAACCAACUAAUCUAAAUAUUUACAGUUUACAGUGAGUGAACACUGCAAAAAACUUUCCAGCUCAUUAAGUUAUCUCUUGCCUGUAAUUAAAUCCUAAAACCUUGUUUUCUUAAAAAAAGAAUAUUUUAAUUUGUCUACACAACCAUGUGGUUGGAAUACUAUAUUUCACAAAGGCUCAACAAAUGAGACAACGCCAGUUUGAUUUUGUUUCGAGUAUAACGCUUACCUUAUCAUAGUGUAGGAGAAUUUCAUGACCAAAUGAUCAUCUGAAAGCAUACAUUGCACAGCAUUUGCGAUACCUCAGGAUUGAACUUCAAAUUGUAUUACAUUUGAGAUUUGUUUACGUUUUCUGUUGGUUAUAAUGUUGAUAUGUUGCACUGUAAAACUAUAUAAAAGAGAGGAGCUUGCCCUGAUUGGUGGGUGUGAUCAGGUCAGAUAUUGGGCACACAUACAUAUUUAUAGACACAUCACUAAAUAUCAACAGGCAACUAAUGUCACACAGAAUAUGUUGUCCCAAAACACAUUAAACCUCAGUUAGUUCCUACCUCACAUUGUGAUUUGCUGACAGGUACUUUAAUGAUUGCCCCUAAAUAGAAAUGAUAACAACUCUGUCAGAUGUGCUGGCUUUGAAUGUCUGAAAGAGCCUCUAAUCAGCUGUAGAUGGUGUUUAAUUAAAGUGAUUGAGGUUACAGCCGUGGGACAAUGCAGAGUCAACCAACUGUCAAACAUGUUAGGUCUGCAAGAAAGACAACACCUCCCAUGUGUGCACCAACCACCGACAACUGCUAUUCAGAGCCUUUGUGAAUGUAACUACACAUAUCAGAAUCAUUUCUCAAGAAUAUCUAAUGAAUGUAUGAACAACAACAGAUUUGUAUUUUAUGUAAAUGUUAAUGCAUUGUUGUGAAAUCUAUUUUAAUCUAUCACUUAUUAGCAGAAUCUAAAUAAACUAUCCCUGAGAUUAUUUAUUUUGUUUUGUCAUAGGGCAUGGUGGUGUUACCACCAAUAUCAGAGAAUAUAGCACUCCCCCUCAUACAGGUACAGUGAUUUGACACAACGUGCCUUGUAAACAAUCAAUGGACCCUGGAGAGCAGCACGCUUUAUUUACAAUGUUAACACGUUUAAACUAUGUUAUAUUAUGCUAGUAUAUAGACCAUUUUUGAUUGUAAUUGUUGCUAAGCCCUGCCCCUUAAGUUAAUAUAGCUACGCCUAUUAAGUUUACCAUUUAGAUAUAUGCAGUUUACAAUGAUAACCACUCAGAAACAAAACAAAGAAUGUUUUUAAACUGUAAAAUGACCUGUGUGCCAUUCUUUUCUUUUUUUUUAUUAAAUUACACAACAUAGAGUAGCUGUAAUAUGUACAGAUAUUAUAUUGCAAAAUUGGACAAACAAAAUCCAAAACUGUCAAAUGGUCUAUACUGCAUAUGUCAGACAAAAUAUCACUCAGGAAUGUGCAAUUUGGACUCAGGAAUAUCUACAUCUACAUGUAAAUGAAAAUAAUUAUUCAUAGCUGCAUUCUUAUUCUUUUCAACAUUCUGUUCUGUACUGUACAACACUGAGAGAUUGUAAUUGUCCUAACAAUUAAAAACCUGAAAGCUCUUAUGCAGCUUACAUUACUUGGCACUUACUUCAGAAUGUAAAUACUUCUUUACUUCAUCCAUCACAGACGCUCUGGUUUACUUUUCGACCUCCACAUAAUUAGUAUGCUGUGCUAAGUCCUCACAUUACUAUCAUGCCCGCUGCAAAAAAUAAUGAAUCCUAUUUGUACUGAAUAUUGCUUCACGCCAAGACAAAUUAUUAAACAUUUGCACAAAUUGUAA